GCGCGGCGAAGGUGCCUGUGCACAUGGCCUGCAUUUCUGUGUUUAUAACGUAACGCGCGUCGGAGGUGCCGGCGCGGCUUCAGCAGCGGUUGCGGAAGAUGCUUGGGAGCAUUGCAAUGGCUGGCAUUGCUCGCUUUGGACUGCUGCUUUUGCUGAUGCCAGUGGCGCAAUGUGCCAAGCGACAACCUCACAUCGUGUUCAUUUUAGCAGACGACCUGGGAUGGGACGAUGUCAGUUUUCAUGGGUCCUCUCAGAUCCCCACGUCAAACCUGGAUGCCUUGGCUGCAGACGCCAUCAUAUUGAACAACUACUACGCGCAGCCAUCCUGCACGCCUUCGAGGUCGGCCCUCCUCACCGGACUUUAUGCCAUACGAACAGGGAUGCAAGGGCUCGCGGUUGACGUGGCUGAUCCAUGGGGUUUACCUUUGGAAGUUCGCCUAAUGCCGCAGUAUCUCAGAGAUAUCGGAUACGAAACCCACCUCAUUGGAAAGUGGGACGUUGGCUACUACAAGACGAAUCUGACUCCGACAUGCCGGGGAUUUGACAGCUUUUACGGCUACCUCAACGGAGAAGAGGACUACUACAAGCACACCAUAACCUAUGAAAACCACACUGGUCUCGACUUCUGGCUCAACAUGGAACCACUGUUCUCCGAAAGUGGUUCAUAUUCCACGACACUGUACACGGAAAGAGCGCAGUACCUCAUCAGCAACAGAAAUAAGUCAAAGCCGUUCUUUCUCUUGCUGAGUCACCAGGCCCCGCACGGUGCCGGAGAGCCUGAACCAUUUCAGGCACCGCAGGAGAACGUCGACAAGUUUCCCUACAUUGGAGAAAGGAACAGAACAAUAUACGCAGGAAUGGUGGAUGCACUUGACCAAUCUGUUGGUGAAGUGUUCAAGGCUCUCAGUGACGCUCGCAUGCUUGACAACACCAUCAUCAUCUUCUGCAGCGACAACGGUGGACAACCUUUUGGUCCGCACAAGACUCGCAGCAUCAACUGGCCCCUGCGCGGAUCAAAGGGCACGGUCUGGGAAGGAGCAACCAGAGUACCUGCUUUCGUCUGGAGUCCGCUCCUGGCCAACAGUCAGAGGGUGUCCGAGCAACUCAUGCACAUCACGGACUGGCUACCCACGCUGUACUCAAUCGGAGGAGGCGACGUGGACACGCUAGGGCAACUGGACGGAUUUGAUAUGUGGCGGUUCCUGUCUCAAGGAAUAGGAUCGCCUCGUGUCGAAAUGCUCUACAACAUCGACGACCGGUUUUUGAAAAACUCAGCUCUGCGACUGGGUCGUUACAAAUUGGUGCUUGAUGGCACCGGGUUCAUGAGUGAGCGCUACGCUCGACCAGGUAGCGGCCGUCCGUACGAUGACCUGGAUACGUUGCUCACUCAGUCGACAGCAGCCAAAGUGCUUAGGGACUUCUACAAAAGGGACCAGCUGAAGUUUCCCAAGGACUGGAGAAAAAGAGCAACAUUGAAUUGUGGUAAUCCAGACAACGGACGAUUUCACCCGAACGACGCGGUCCACCUGUUCGACAUAAUCAAAGAUCCAUGCGAACUGAAUAAUGUGGCCAGCUCGCAUCCUGAGGUUGUAAAAUUCCUGAAGGCGCGCAUUGCCGCCUACCGAGCCGAAGCGAUGCCAGUGCAGCACGAGGCCAAGGAUCCCGCUGGCUUUCCGGAGAACCACAAUGGAACAUGGGCGCCUUGGGUGCAUACACCGUGCGGAUAGCAUCGACGGUGUUGUUUUGGAACGCAGUGGGAAUCAGCGUACAAUGAAGCGUAUCUCACGGCAUUCUAACUUGGCCGGGACAUUAGUAGGAAACUAUGCUGGCACAAAACGCAUUUCAAACAAUUAACAAAUAAAGCCUGUAAAUAGAACUCGUAUUGUUUCCGACUGGCAACGUUUGUUCUUAGUGCAUGUAAUGAAGCAGACGCGCCUCGUGUUUUCGGUAGCAGCUCGAAGACGACGACGACGAACGACCCGUUCUGUGACUGCCGGAGAACUCGGGCUGGUCGCUCUGCUGCUAGUCUGCUGCUAGACUAGACAGAUAAAUAUUUAAUUAAAUCGCAUUACAUUAUUAGUAUGUUACAGAAAGCCUGCGACGAAAGCAGCCUUGACUAUGGCUCUUGGCUGAUUGGUAAAAUAUAAGUGAUCGAAUCGCGAAAACACGUUUCUUUUCAUAUUCAUAAAUUCCUGCAACUUGUAUGCAUUACUACUUGCGCUAAGUCGGCCUGAUGUGAUCAGUAAUAUUUUAAGAGUGAUGUUUAGCCCUAUUUAUGCAAUCUCAGUGUGUUAUACAAAACAAAGCCGAUGUUCAGAAUAAACAAUAAUGGUGGUGGUGGUAGGUUGUAGCAACAGGCGGGCUUUAGCUAGAAUAAGCUAUAAUUAAAAUUUAAUACGCGUAAACAAUAAUUACAACAUUCGUUGCAGUGUUUGUAUGUAUUUACCCUCACCCAGAUAGCGCAUCCUGCAGAGCCGGGGUCAAUGUAAAACGGAACACAAUAUUUAUUUUCGAGUAACGAUUCUUUUACCGUAUACACGCGUAUUUACAAAAUAGUUUUCUGGUCGACUAUUUAACCUGGGUGGAACUCCGUUAUAUUUGUAACUGACGCCAAGUUGUUAUCCUUGUGGAAUAAAACAUUUAU